AUGAUCGGUACAUAUUUGCACCAACCCGACCUCGGUACUCGCCAACAACAACUGCUUUUCUUUGGUAGUACACUUAAUCAGGGCCCUGAACUGAUUGUUAGCUUUUAUUUCUACAUCUUAGAUAUGUCAGACCGAGAGUUUGGAGGCAACGAUGAUCUCUCCCUCCCGAAAGCCACUGUCCAAAAAAUAAUAACAGAAAUCUUACCCCCUUCAUCGGGUCAGACUUUCGCAAAGGAUGCGCGAGACCUACUCAUCGAAUGCUGCGUUGAAUUUAUCACGCUAAUAUCCUCGGAGGCAAACGAUAUCAGCGAGAAAGAAGCAAAGAAGACAAUCGCAUGCGAGCAUAUUGAGAAGGCUUUGACGGAUUUGGGGUUUGGAGAGUAUGUACCCGACGUGCUGGCAACCCGUGAGAAAAAGGUUAAUAAGAUGGAACAGAGUGGUUUAACUGAGGAAGAGUUGCUUCAGCAGCAGCAAGAGCUCUUCCGCUGUGCGGGGGAGAAAUAUAACGCUGGAGGCUGA